AGAUGUGUCUGUGUUGGAAGUAGACAGGAAGGGAGAGAGAGUCAGGGAGACGAGAAGAAGGUUAUUUAUGCAGGUGCAGAUCUGAUGAUAUGGACUUUCAGUUAUGGCUUUCUACAAAGUGAUCUGUGUGGCGACUCUGCUGACUCUCCUGACACAAGAGUCUCAGUCACAGCUAGAUGUUUGUGGCACUGCGCCGCUCAACACCAGGAUCGUAGGAGGGACGAAUGCUCCUGCAGGGUCGUGGCCCUGGAUGGUCAGUCUGCACAGGAGCGGAGGUCCUUUCUGUGGAGGCUCCCUGAUCACCAACCAGUGGGUCCUGACUGCUGCUCACUGUUUCAACAGGCCCACACCCAGUCUCGUCGUUUACCUCGGCCGUGACUCCCAAGACUUACCAAAUUUAAACCAGGUGUCCCGGACUGUGUCCCAGAUCAUUGUAAAUCCGAACUAUAAUAACAAAACAUUAAAUAACGACAUAGCCUUGCUGCAGCUGUCCUCACCUGUUACCUUCACCGACUACAUCAGACCCGUGUGUCUGGCGGCGGACGGCAGUGUCUUUAACAACGGGACGACCUGCUGGGUCACCGGAUGGGGGAACACCCAAAGUGACGUUUCACUUCCUUACCCACGGCAUCUGCAGCAGGUGAGCGUUCCCGUCGUGUCCAACCGUGAUUGUAAUGCGGCCUACGGUUUAAUCACAAGCAACAUGAUGUGUGCCGGUUUCAAACAAGGAGGAAAGGACUCCUGCUACGGGGAUUCAGGCGGCCCGUUGGUGAGUAAAACCGGCUCUAUCUGGGUCCAGGGUGGAGUGGUGAAUUUUGGAGAACCCUGUGCUCUGGCCAACUUCCCAACAGUCUACGCCCGAGUGUCCCAGUUUCAGUCCUGGAUCAACAGCCAGAUCACCACCAACCUGCCGGGCUUCGUCGUCUUCACGGGUAACGGUUCAACCUCUGAAACAACUUCAUCCGCUCACCUGGUUUCCCUCUCGUCUCCUCUGCUGCUGUCCAUCUUACCUGUUCCCUUCUCCCUCUUUGUCCUUUCAUAGGACGUCUAGUUGAUGUCACUUAAAGGCUCAGUGUUUGGCCACCGCAGCUUCUCCUGCUCGCUUGAAAAGGGAGCGGGGUGUGGUGACUGAUGGUGCAUUCAUGUGGUGUUGGAAAAAUCUGAUUUUUUAUUCAGUUUAAAUCUUUAUUGCAAAAAGGAGGAAUAAAGAGUACAUUGGACAUAAAGAAGUAUCCAGAACAGUUAACAAAUAUUUAAGAAAAAUAAUAAAAACUUUGCAAGUGCUAGUCUACAUUGUAUAAAGAUUUUAAAGGAUAUGUUGACAGUUUUCUGUUUUUGUUGUUGUUGGAUUUAGAAAUUAAAUUGAAAUGAUGUUCAACCUCAGGGAGGAAAAGUACAGAGCUGCUAAAUUUACAAUUGCCAUUAGAAUUAAUACAUUUAUUUAUUAUUAAGUACUUAUUUUGUCUGAGGAGCAAGUGAAUGCACAUUGAGCCACUGGUUGCAAUUUGGAGCCCUCACCACUAGGUGCCACUAAAACGUACACAUUGAACCUUAAUAAGAUGCCUAGUUAUACUUUUGAUUGGACUAUUUUUAUUAUUAAUUGAUAAACAGAAAUAUCUGUAAGCAUGUUAAAAUUAAUGUUAUUUAACAAAUUAAUUGUAAGGUUGUAAUAUGUUUGGCUGACACAUCAGUAAGUUAAAUUUAAAAGCCUUUUUAAAAUUCUAUUUUUAAAUUCAAUUAGUAAUUCAUUAUUUAAAACAAAAUGAAAUGGAUUUAUUUAUUGAUCAUCUUUUUACACUUCAUUUAAAUUAAAUUCUAACAAAUCAUUUUGAUAAAGCUGUUUUUAAAAAGUUUUGAAUUUAUCAACAAGUACUCCAUUCUCCCAUCACCGUCCAUUAAAGACAGUAAAAGUCUUUCUUCUGUUUUUACCCGAUUUAUUUCUGUAAGUCUGAAUUUUCUGUAUUAACAACCUCAAAUAUUAAACAUUUGAACUGACUGUGAAUAUCAGAAGUUUAUAAACUUGAACGUUGAGAUGUGAAGACAUUUUUCUCUUUUUUAAUCUGUAAUUAAUUCAGUACUGUAAUUAUUAAUGCCUUCAGGUUUUGCACUGAGCACCUGCAACUGUGAUUUACUUUUUAAGGAGAGGAUAUAUGAAUGAAGAACAUUCAAAUUAUGAAUUUACACAACAAGGUUAGUAAAAUAGUAAAAACACCUUUCAAUAUGUUGUUGUUCAAUGCGACAGGUAGGAUGAAUUGCAGGGCUGUGUAACUGGAUCGUAUUGUACAGGUGUUAUUUGUUUGAUUUUGAUACUGUUUUAUUGUGUGUUAUAUAAGACUCCUUUCAUACCCUUCACCUCCAUGAAGCCCUCUUUUUAUAUGUUACCAGAGGGGCCCAUUGAUUCCACCUACAAAACAUGAGACUAUGUAAGACUGCGUGAUGUGUUGAGAGAAUUUAAAGAGACUGUAUUUCCUGUGUUGUGCUUCCCGCCUCAACAAUAAAAGCUUCAGUUGGAAUCAA